AUGUUGUCACUUAUAUUAAAAGUCUUCAGAGUCCUUUACCCCUUUUGCCAGUCCUGCUUAGGCUUCAGUGAGCGUCUUGUAACUGCUAGUUGCCCUGCAAUAGGUCUCAUGUUCAAGCAAACAUUGGAUGUUCUUCUACAAGUACUUGUUGUGUUUCCUAAUGUAGAGACUUUGCGCAGUAAGGUAACAUCAUUUGUGCACCGGAUGGUGGACACACUAGGAGCAUCUGUUUUUCCCUACCUGCUAAAGGCACUGGAGCAAUUGCUUGUAGAUAGUGAGGUAUAA